AUGGACGACCUUCUUCCAUCCUACGAAAGCGUGAUGCGACGCGAUCCCUGGGUGCUCAUCGCCCCCUACCUGCCCUCUCAAGAUUUAUGCUCCGCAGCUCUAGUCUGUCGGCAAUGGCACCAGACCUUCACACCAAACCUUUGGGGUAGUCCAGCUUCACAUUUUGGGGUCGAAAAUGAUACUGUGUAUGUCGCACUCACACGGUUCAAGCGUACGUUGCCUUAUGCGCGAGCCUCCGUACGAGAGCUCACACAUACUUUACGUUUUCCGCCGGCUCAUGCAGAGCUAUAUGAUGGGCCGCAUGCAGAAUGGCUCCGAGACUGCUUGGAGCACCUUCCCCGCCUACAGUGCUUGGUCGUAGACGGCCUACCCUUCUUCGAUCACGCUUGUCUCUUGAGCCUGCGACACUCGAGUUUGCAAUGGAGGUCGACUUGCCCCAACGCGUAUCCGGUGUUCGGCUUGCGCUUACUUGACGCUUCGAGCUGCAUGAACGCUACAUCAAUGGGUCUUGCAGAAGCCCUACCACACUUUCCAGAUCUCGUCUCAUUGGAUCUAUCAAAGACUGCAGCUGCGAGAGACAAGGCAGUUCUCUCUACCCUGAAGUACCUCCGAAAUCUGCGAGUCCUGAAUCUUCGUGGGACUGGAAUCAAGGAUGAAGACUUUUCGAUAGUUGCACAUACGAUCGGCAGUCGUGUCAGAAGCCUUGACAUAAGCAACAACUUCCUAACGGACACUAGCGUUCGACUUCUUCUCGAAUUAUGCCUGAAAGAGACUACCAUCACAGCGCAUAACUCUCGUGGUCCGCUCGCGCCCGUCCAACAUGCAAUCCCCGUCGACAAACCGGAGGCGUUCGAGUCAGAAAACCUUGUUGGUCAUCUCCGCAAGAAGCUUACUGAGGGCUUCGUCGGUAGCCUUGCUAUAGAGGAAACAAAUGAUGUCGGAGUAUCACACUUGUACCUUUCCAACAACGCAGUAACUGUAGAAGGUAUUUCGGCUUUACUGCGAUCUGGGCGCCUGCAAGUCCUGGAUGUAGGCAUACUACCUGCUGUAGUAAGGAAUCCUUCUGCCGUCUCACCAGGAUCACCAGAUGAUGACGUGGAGCUGCCUAGCGUAUCCAAACUUACUCCAGUUCUGACUGAGUACGCGUCGCGUAAAUUGAAAUAUCUGAGGAUCAAUUACGAGUUGAUAACAGAAGACGCGCCUCUCGAAGCGCCCAAAUCACCGCGUGCGGAACUCAGUGGAGAUCUUGGCAUCUACAAGCCUCCAGGUGCGCAUGAACUCGAAGCUGUCGAGCAACCGACACCCGAGCUCGAUUCGGUGUCUAUAGCUGUUCAUGAGAUAUCUGGAGACUCAUUGUACCCGGCUGAGCUUCCUGGUUCGCCUGUGGUACCUCCAUCUUCCGCACCUAUUGAGUCAAAUCCAGGCAGCGCUGAUAGUGACAAGCAAAGUAUCGCAAUCGUCCCCGCGAUAAGUGUUAAUUUACAGCCACUACAAAUCAAUCGAGGUCCUUCAUAUGCCCCGGAGCCCAUACCUGUUGAUUCACCAUUGACCCCACUCAGUCCGCUAAGAAAUGACGAGAACUAUCGACCUGAUUCAGUUGAAGGUAUCGAUGACGCAAGAGAAAAUCGUCCAUCACUCACGCCGACUCAUGGUAGCAACAUGUCGUGCCAGCCGACAAGAGACACUGCGGUGAGGUCUCGAGCGAGCUCCUUCUAUUACAUCGAAGACAGGAAAGUUCGUUUAGACUUUCGUCAAGCAUCGGAACCUCGACUACAUCCUGGAGUACUUCCAAAGCUGCACACUCUCGUUCUGACGGACGUACCAGCCAUGACAACUGACAAGAAAAUCAUUCAUCGAAUCACACAAUUUAUCAAAGACACGGCUGAGGAAGCUUCGAUCGCUAGGAAGCGCGCUAGGCAUACUUACGUACUCCCACCGGGCCGUAGACGUGCCAUUGCAGAAGAAGAGUACGCGCGCAACCAAUUUGCGCUUCGAAGAGUGGUACUUGAAAUGGCGCCUCCUAAGUCAGCGCCUAAGAAGAUCACCCGUAGUUGGCGGGCCUAUCCAACAAAAUCAUCCACUGAAGACGCAGACUCGGAAGCAUUUUGGGAUGCUGCAGCGCAUGACUUCUCCUUCUUCGACGACGAAGAGUGCGGGCAACCCGACCGUGAGCCAAAUCGUACCCUUCCCUUAGCAGCUAUGAGUGGACUGGAACUUGCACCUAGCCGUGCUGCCGUACCUAUAGGGUCUAGCGGGGGUGUACCUGAAACGGGGCCGUUGCUUGAUGUGGUAGGAGAGAUUGGCAGGUUCCGCAAAGAAAGGAAAGCCGUAUACAACAAUUUAGUGGAGCUGGGCGAGUCUGAACCAGACGUGGAGGGGUAUUGGCCUGGGGAUAUUACGAUCCUGAGGAAGAGUGUGAACCCAGAAGCUGGCGAACUUGACUGCUACGGUAACCGUUAUGAAUCUGUUAUAUCGAGCUCAGUACCCGAGCAAAACAAGAGGCGCGUCCUGGCUUCACAUGGUGCAACCUCAAUGGCUGCAAAGCCGGCCAAGUGCAUCUCCCCUACACCCCCAAAUUCCGGUGCAACACCUGCGAAAGGACUUCCUGCGUCGUCCACCACAUUAAAUGGCACAAAGGCGAAACAUGCAGCGAGUACGACUACAGAACCAACGCUGGGCUCAAAGCCGAGGAAGAAGAAGCUAGUAGGAGAGUAA